AUGGAGAUGAGACCCCAGGAUGGCCUGUCCAGGUUGCCAGACAACACUGCUGUGAAGCAGCAACAGUUGCCCGCCUGCCGGCUGCAUCUCUGGGUCCCUGGUGUCCUCUCUGCCUUUUUUGCCGUAGGAUUAGUAUGCCUUGGCCUGGGUAUCAUCCUCAUAUUGUCUGCAAAGAAUGUCAAGGAAAUAGAGAUUAAUUAUACAAAAAUAUGUGCAAAUUGUGCAGAACUGCGGGAAAAUGCCUCUAAUUUUGACAAAGAACGCUCCUGCACUAUUCACUUUUGCCUUUCAGAGAAAAUGCAGGGUAAUGUUUAUAUGUACUACAAACUAUAUGGCUUCUAUCAGAACCUCCAUCGAUAUACAUCCAGAAGUGACAGCCAACUGCUGGGUAAAGAUAUAAGGGAUGUUAAGAACUGUUCUCCGUUUGAAAAAUCCCACAAUGGGACCCCCAUCACUCCCUGCAGUGCUGUGGCCAACAGCAUGUUCAAUGACACGAUUAUUCUUUCAUACAACCUUAAUUCAUCUAUACAUAUCCAAGUCUCAGUGUUAAGGAGUGGAAUUACAUGGUGGACAGAUAAAUAUGUCAAGUUCAAGAAUCCAAGUUCCAGUAAUCUUUCCAGUGCAUUUGCAGGAACCACAAAGCCCCCAGGCUGGCCUAAGCCUGUCUAUGACCUGGAUGAAGAGGAUCCGGGAAACAAUGGCUUCGUCAAGGAUGACUUCAUUGUGUGGAUGCGGGCAGCAGCCUUUCCCACUUUCAAAAAACUGUACCGUUGUCUCAGUCAAAUACAGUACUUUAUUGAAGGCUUGCCUGCUGGUAAUUAUAGUUUCCACAUAACCUACAACUUUCCAGUAACCAGGUUCCAAGGAAAAAAAGCAGUUGUUCUUUCCACCCUGAUGUGGAGUGGAGGCGGUGGCCUUUUCUUGGGUCUCGCCUACUCUGUGACAGGAGCCCUGAAGUGGCUGGCCUUCUUUUUGAUGAUGCCAGUUCACCUAAGAAUGAACAAAAGGAAAACAUUCUUUCUCCAGCAGUAA